GCUAACUCCCGCAAAAGUUUUUUAUUAAAAAAAUAAAAAAAAGAAAAGGAAAACGUAUUUGAUUUUGAGCAGGCAUUUUUUCCUCUUUCUGUUAAGUCACUCAGCUCAUAGUUUUUCUUCCUCUUUGCCUUUUCUCUUUACUCUUUUGCAAUUUCAUUAUUACAUUCAAAAUUGACACUCCUAUUUAAUAGGCUAGUUAGAUUGGAGCUUUUUCUUCGUCUCGAUUUUUAGUUUUUAUAAUUUCUUUUGGGUUGAAUUGAUCAUUGUUGCGGUGGGGAAUAAAAAAGGGGAAGAUGUUUUUCUCCGGCGAUUCAUCGACCAGGAAGCGAGUGGAUUUAGGCGGACGGAGUUCCAAAGAAAGAGACCGGAAGAAGCUUGUGGAGCAAACUAGGUUCGAGAGGAAUCGCCGCCUCCAGUUGCGUCAGAACAACUCUGCUGCUCUCAAAAUUCAGAAAUGCUUUAGAGGGAGAAAGCUUGUGGAGGCUGAACGUUCAGAAGUACGAGAGAGGUUUUUUACCAGAUUUGGCAAGCACUUCCAGAUUGUGGACAGGCAAUGCUUUGGUCCAGAUUCUGAUUUUCUCCGCUGGCUACUUUUCUUUUUUAACCCCAAAAAUGCUGCUGAUUGUUCUGCCCUUGUGGAAGUUUGUCAGUUGCUUCAGAAGUUGGAUCAAGAUAAUGUGCUAGAUAUUAUAAGCCUCUUUGCUGGUGCUGACUAUCCAUCCAAUAAAGCCCUGGUGGAGUACAGGGUUAAGAAAUUUGCUUUGGCAUGUAUUCAGGCAAUUUAUGAGAAUAGGAUCCAGUUGAGAGACCAACUAAUGGCAUCUAAACAUUCUGGUGCUCCAGCAAUUCUCUUGUUAGAUGCAUUACAAUGGCUUAGAGUUAGUCUUGUCUUCUCUUGGAUAUCCUUGAAGUUCCUUCUUAUGAGAUGUAUCAUUAAUAGUUGCAUUGCUGUGGAUUACAUGCAGGAAGUAACUAUCCAGGGCCUUGUUGGUGAUGUAUCUUCUUUGGAACGUGUUCUGGCCCUCAUUAUAUCUCAUGUGGGGCAAACACCUUGUGUUUGUCCGAAUGUUGACCCAAGUUGGAGUUUCUCAUCCCAGCUUCUUACAAUUCCUUUCUUGUGGCGUCUUUUUCCGCAUCUAAAAGAGACUUUUGGAGCUCCUAGGUUGAGUCAGCAGUAUUUCCAUCAGAUGGCCCUCUGUGUGAAAAAUCAUAAGAAUGUUCUACCUGAAGAUAUAUCAAGUGAUUUUCCUAGUUUCGCCUGCCUUCUUGGAAAUAUAUUAGAAGCUGCUGGAGUUGCUUUCGCUCACCCUGAGUCAUUUGAUAUGGCUGUAGAUUUUGUGACUCUUGCAACAUUUUUGUUGGAAGCAAUUCCACCCAUCAAAACAUUGAAUGAAGGAGGUAAACAAAAUUCCAAUACUUAUGAUGACGAAAUGCUUGUUGAUGAUGAACGAGCAGAAAAAGUUCUAAAUGGUGAUUUGGAGCUCCAGAUUUAUAAUGCAAUAGAUCCACGCUUUCUUUUGCAAUUGACAAAUGUUUUGUUGGGUGGGGUUUCGCUUGCCAAUAAUUCAUAUAUAGGUGGGCCCAAUGAUAAAGAGGCUGCAGCUGUUGGUGCUGCUUGUGCUUUCCUUCAUGUUAUGUUCAACAUCCUGCCUCUAGAGCGCAUCAUGACUGUGCUAGCUUAUAGAACAGAGUUGGUUCUUGUGCUUUGGAACUUCAUGAAAUGCUGCCAUGACAACUGUAAAUGGUCAUCCUUGUCCAAGCUGUCUGCAUAUUUGCCUGAAGAUGCACCUGGUUGGUUACUACCUUUGGCUGUUUUCUGCCCUGUUUACAAGCACAUGCUUAUGAUUGUUGAUAAUGAAGAGUUUUAUGAGCAAGAGAAGCCACUGCCACUGGAUGAUAUCCGAUGCUUGAUUGUUAUUAUAAGACAGGCCUUGUGGCAACUCCUGUGGCUGAAUCCUGUGGCACCACCUAAUUUUUCCAAGUCCCCUGUUGACACCUUUGCCAUGAAGAAGCACCCAUUGGAAUUUCUUCAGCAUAGAGUUUGUGUUACAGCUUCUGAGCUCUUGUCGCAGUUGCAAGAUUGGAAUAACAGAAGGCAAUUUACACCCCCAAGUGAUUUUCAUGCUGACGGUGUCAAUGAUUACUUUAUCUCUCAGGCGACCAUGGAAAAUACUAAAGCAAAUGAUAUACUAAAACUAGCUCCCUUCUUGGUUCCAUUUACGAGCAGAGCUAAAAUAUUUGCGUCACAGCUUGUUGCGGCAAGGGAAAGGAAUAUACCUCAUGUCCCCUAUGUUAGGAACAGGUUCAGAGUAAGAAGAGAUCAUAUCUUGGAAGAUGCUUUUGAUCAGUUGAAUGCCUUGACUGAAGAGGAUCUUCGAGGACUGAUUCGUGUUACUUUUAUCAAUGAAUUUGGAGCGGAGGAGGCUGGAAUUGAUGGUGGUGGUAUUUUCAAGGAUUUUAUGGAAAAUGUUACUAGAGCAGCCUUUGAUGUACAGUACGGAUUAUUUAAGGAAACGGCGGAUCACCUACUGUUUCCCAAUCCUGGAUCAGGACUAGUACACGAACAGCAUCUCCAGUUGUUUCACUUUCUUGGAACUGUUCUUGCUAAGGCAAUGUUCGAGGGAAUUCUUGUUGAUAUACCAUUUGCAACCUUCUUUCUGAGCAAAUUGAAGCAAAAGUACAAUUACUUGAAUGAUUUGCCUUCCUUGGAUCCAGAAUUAUAUCGGCAUCUGAUAUUUCUGAAGCAUUAUGAAGGUGAUAUCUCAGGGUUAGAGUUGUACUUUGUUAUUGUCAAUAAUGAAUACGGGGAGCAAGCAGAAGAAGAGCUGCUUCCUGGGGGAAAGAAUUUACGGGUGACAAAUGAAAAUGUCAUCACAUUUAUUCAUCUUGUAGCCAACCAUCGUUUGAAUUUUCAGAUACGCCAACAAAGUUCUUAUUUCUUGAGGGGGUUUCAGCAGCUUAUACAGAAAGAAUGGAUUGACAUGUUUAAUGAGCAUGAACUUCAGCUUUUAAUAUCUGGAUCAGUUGAUGGCUUUGAUCUUGAUGAUCUUCGAGCUCAUACCAACUAUGCAGGGGGCUAUCAUCAAGAGCACUAUGUCAUCGAGAUGUUCUGGGAAGUUAUCAAAUGCUUCUCUUUGGAAAAUCAGAGGAAAUUUUUGAAGUUUGUUACUGGGUGUUCUCGAGGGCCCUUGCUUGGGUUUAAGCACUUGGAGCCGUUAUUCUGCAUACAGAGGGCUGCUGGCAGUGCUUCUGAAGAAGCUCUUGACCGAUUACCAACAGCAGCUACUUGCAUGAAUCUUCUAAAGCUUCCUCCAUAUAGAAGCAAGGAGCAGAUGGAACAGAAGUUGCUAUAUGCCAUUAGUGCAGCAGCUGGUUUUGAUCUGAGCUAAUAGAGAGUUGAAUCGUAGGGUUAUCACGGUAGAGAGUUCCAAUUUAAGCAGGCGGAAUUCUCAAGUGUAUUGGAUCAAAGGAAAUAAUUGGUUUGAGGAGAGCACGUGCUUGGUUGGAUUUGAGUACCAUUAGGGCCUUCUGUGGGUAAACUAUACGCUGGUGAUUGUCAACGGGUUGACCAAGUGAAGCCCGAACAGCGGCAUGGGGAGGCAACGUUCAACUUCUCCAAUGUGCAACUGGAUUCUGUGUGGAUACAAGAUUUGCUAGGCUGCUUGGUCUUUAGAUGUACAUAUGUUGGGGUAGCAAUGUAAAUCAUCUUUGAGGAGACAGGCAACUGUACAUGUCAAUGGCCUCCUGCAAGUAGGUCUGGCUGGGAAAGUCGGUUUGGGGUUGUAAAUUUUUGAGAAUCUUAUAUCUCACAUAAAAUCCUCGUUGAUUAAUGGCGGCAGGGGUGGGGGGAAAAAAGAACAAAAGAAGGUUGCCAGACUCUUCUUGAAUGAUAGCGUGCAUAAUGGAUUAAAAGCUGUGCAGAAGGAAGUAUGUACUAAGAGUAUGUAUGUAUAAACUUUAAAGUAAAAUUGCACCACCAGUCCUUUAUACGUUGCAUUUGUAUUUUUUUUGGGGCCCUUACUUUCAAAAUGAUGCAAGUAUAUCCCUUACAAACAC